GCCUUCGCCGCGACAGCUCGACCGACACCAAUCGACAGGUUCAGUGAGCUGUGCUAGUGACGAACUGACUGAACUGACUGACGAUGGAUAGCUCCUCUGAUGCUCAUGGGCGUCACAGGUGCGCGGCGUGCUUCCGGCAGUUCAACAAGAUGGAGCACCUGGUGGAGCACAUGCGGGCGGCGCGGCACUCGGCGCACGAGCCCCGCUGCGGCCUCUGCGGCAAGCACUGCCGCUCCUUCGAGGCGCUCCGCGAUCACCUCGGCGUCGGCGGCUCCACGCUGCCCAAGGCCACCGCCUGCGCCGACGCCUUCGCCGCGCGCGGCUGCGCCAUCUGCCUCCGCGUCACGCCCCACCACCGCGCCUCCUGCACGCUCGCGCGCACCCCCAGGACGCCGCAGGCGGCGGCGCCGCCCCAGGGAGGAGGAAGUGGGCGGGCGCUGGCGCUGGGCUGCAAGAUGGUCGGUGCCGGCAGCGACGGCUCCCUGGACGUGGUGGCGCGGGUGUGCGUCGUCGACGAGCAGGAGAACAUCGUGUACGAGGCCUUCGUGAAGCCGCUCAUCCCGGUGACGCACUACCGGUACGAGACGACGGGGAUCCGGCCGGAGAACCUCCGCGACGGCGGCGGCGCCGUGACGGUGAAGGCCGCGCAGCGGCGGGUGCAGGACCUGCUGCUCGCCGGCGAGCAGCCGUGGAAGGUGCGCACCAGCCGGGGCCGGGCCAGGCUGCUGGUGGGCCAUGGCCUGGACCACGACCUCGACGCGCUGGGGAUGGACUACCCGGCCUACCUCAAGCGCGACACGGCCGCGUACCCGCCGCUGAUGAAGACGAGCAAGCUCAGCAACUCGCUCAGGUUCCUCACGCGCACCUACCUCGGGUACGAGAUCCAGACGGGGCACCAGCACCCCUACGAGGACUGCGUCGCCGCCAUGCGCCUCUACCGCAGGAUGAAGGAGCAGGGCCACACCAGGCGUGGCGGCGACGCCGACGAGCCGGCGGCCAGCGCGGACCAGGCGUUCCCGGCGUGGAGGCAGCGGGAGCUGGAGCGCAUGACGCCCGAGGAACUGCUCCGGCUCUCCACGCCGGACUACCGCUGCUGGUGCCUCGAUGACUAGCCAGCCAUGGCUAACUCCGGCGGUGCCAGAUCGAUCGAGCGCGUCAUCGUCAUCACGUCCCAUUACGAUGACGUGGAUAUGAUUCGAUCUGCACCGAUCAGCCAUGCGUCAGCUUCCGGCUCAAAAUAUUAUUCUAUCCAGUAUACUACUUACUCCAUCCCAAAUUGUAGAUCGUUUUGGUUUUUUAUAGGUGCAUAACACCUAGAUACAGUAGAUGUCUAGAUACGUAAUAAAAUCUAUGAAUCUCAAAAAAUCAAAAUGACGUAUAAUUUGGAAUGGAGGAAGACGUAGCUAUUAAAAAAAAUGUGUCCCCCAUCCGAUUCGUAUGAUCAGGGAGAUGGAUCGAGCGGGUGAGGGACUGGAUUUGGAUCCAUUCCUAUAUAAGCGUGCGUAUGGUCGAGUAGUAUGAUCUGUGAUGCAUUCUUCAUCUAGCCAAGAGUGUCAUCAGUACGACUGUCACUACUGUCUCGGACAAAAUCAGUAUGGAAAAUUCUCAUAUCAGAGCCUGUUUGGCUCCCACG